GCAAUUCUCCCGAUGGAUAGAUAGAUAAUCUUGUUUAUUUUCCAACUGGCAAUAAUUUAAGCGUGUCUGGAUGAGGAUAAGGGUUUAUUUUCCUCAAUUUAUUCGCACUCUCUCUCUCCUCUCCUCUUUCUCUCUCUAUAUCGUUUCUGUAAUUCUAUAUACAUAUAUAUGCACAAACCGAUGAUUGUAUAAUUCUGUUUGUCUCUGCUUGUGUGCUUUGAUUUGUAUUUUUGUAACGAUGUCGAUCGCUCUCGAGAGUAAUCCUGGUAACCGGAUCGAGCGGUCAGGGUUCGUCCAUGGAAUGACCUUUGCGCCGAUCUAUGAUUCGCCCGAGGCUCGCAGGCAGGUGAACGGGAUUUUGGCCGGUGAUCGGCUGUUACCGGUUGGUACUACGACGGCCAAGAACAAAGUAAAGGAGCUCAAGGAGGAGCUUGAAACAUCCAGCUCGUCGUCGAUCGGGAGGAAUAGUGAUUCGUCCGGUGGGGAGCCGGACGGCGAUGGUGACUCUGGCGAGGGUGAGGUUCAGAGCUCGUAUAAAGGAUCGUUGGACACUAUGGAGUCGUUGGAGGAAGUUUUGCCGAUCAAGAGGGGCAUAUCCAAGUUUUACUGCGGCAAGUCGAAAUCUUUUACAAGUCUGGCAGAUGCCUCCACAUGUUCUUCCAUCAAAGACAUUGCGAAGUUGGAAAAUGCCUAUACUAGGAAACGGAAGAACUUACUUGCUCACAACAUUUUCUUUGACAAGAAUCACAAUUCUCCUUUGAGAAGUGGGAUGUCUAAGAGAGCUGCCAACUCCAAUAGAAGUACAUCGAAUCUGGCAAAUAUGGGCAGCUUUGAAUGCAAUAAUAAAAGUGAACACUCCAACUCAAACUCAUCAUCACCUACACUCAGUCUUCCUCCUCUGUAUCCACACGGUAGAAGACCGCCUAACAAUGAAUCACCGUCAUCACCACCUCCACGGAAUUUCUCGUCAUGGCGUUCUUUUUCUCUGUCGGAUCUGCAGUGUGCCGCAGCGGCUGCUGCAUCCCCCAGCAUCACUGGCUUAGUGGUUAGUAAAGGGGACAAGGAGAGCGAACUGCAUUGACAUCUAAUUCUCAGUUGCUCUUUGUUGUUUAUGAAAUCUAAAACUAGAAAGACUUUUCAUGGUUCAAGUGUUUGUAAGCGGUUCUGGUUUGAUCUUGUGGUUCUGCCCCAUUGUACUUGUUACCAACAUAAAGGCAGUGAUAGAAAUUAACUUCUUGUUUUAGCAAUAGAGAUUUUCUUGUUCUACCUA